GCAAAAGUAAAACAGCUUUGACACAGCCGCCAUAUUUGUUUAUACCUUAUCAGUGGUUGUACUCCAAUAUCGGAGUAAUUAUUAUGGAGAUACCUCUACCCUCCACAGUAGUUAUACAUGUUUACAUAAGUAUAAUGUUAUCUAUCAGCAAUGAGAAGUGAAAGGUAAGAGUUAAAAAAUUAAAAUUCGAUUGAACACAAGUCCUUUUUCAAGUGAGGUAAAAGCUGUGAAACUACCAUGCCUUUGAGCCUUCAGAAGGGCUACACAAUUCUUUGUAGUAUUCGUUUACCUUCUUUACUGUUUAUAUACUUUUUAGCAGCAAAUGGCCGACGACUGAACCAGAAGCAUUGUUUGCCGUUAUUAUAAAAAUGGCCUGUGUCGAGAGGGCGAUAACUAUCGGUAUCGAUGUUCAAAUCAGCAGUCUGGAGCUGAGCAGGAUGAAAUGACUGAUGCAGAUGACUCGGACAAUAAUACCAGCGAACAGGGAACCUCAUCAGUUCCUUGUCGUUUUUACAAAUGAGGAACCUCUAAGCUUGGCAAUCGCUGUUAUAUCCACACACCCUCGACUAGUAAUCGCAGUGAUGAUCAAGAAUUAGAUUCUGGACAAAACUCUGGUCUAUCUGUCGUAGUAUCGUCACUUACUGACACAGGUCACUCACAUUUAUUUAUUGUGAUCAAUAUGGGCCAGGAUUAAAGUGUCAGAAUAAAUAUAUUUAUAUGUAUGUAUAUAUAUAUAUAUAUAUAUAUAUAUAUAUAUAUAUAUAUAUAUAUAUAUAUAUAUAUAAGUAUAUUAAUAACAAAUAUAAAUUGUAAAAUGUAUGUCUUCAAACCGUUUGUGUUAACGGAAUGCGACAAUCCAAGUGAAACUAAGCUGACACCCAGAACAUUUCCGACGAUAUUUUGCAAUGAAAAAUAUAUGUACUCAUUCAGCGGAUACAACUACACCUUAAAUCGAUAUAGAGCAGCAGUUUUUGCCCAGAAACAACGAAAUAAUUCUUGGCAUGACAUUUAAAUUGGACAAACUUAUUGUAAUUUCGUGGUAUAAGUGUCAGUCAAAAGGUUACCUGUACACCCAAAAUUUAAAAAAUGAGCCCGAGGUAGGAAAAUGACCACUAAGGGUCCGCUGCCUAAGCGAUUCUUCUCCCAUAAUUUUAUAAGCCACGGGUCGUAUUUUUAUACCUUCGGAAACGAUCGUGGGUUGGGAGUCUUCAGGAUAGACCCAGAGACUGGGAUAUCGGAAAAGUUGUCUCCAGAAAAUGGUGAUGAUUUCCCUGGGUACUAUGAUGACAUCGAGCUGGCUUAUGAUGGCAAAAAAAUGUAUGUGAUAUUUGUAAAAAUACGAGGGGAAAGAAUCCGCGAGCUCAAGACAAUACAGUCUUAUGACAUUGAACAGAAUCGCUGGUAUAUUUUGGAUACUACCGGAGAUCCUGAUAAUGAGAAACCGUUUCCUGAUAUCAGGAUUAAUUUCGGAAUCGCUCAUAUCGUGGAUCUGGAAAGUAAAGGCACAAAUAUUGUUAUUUCUGGAGGAAUGAUGGACAAGAGAAUUUAUGAUGGCAUUUGGCGACUGAGUUUAUUUACACUGCAGUGGACUUGUUUGAAUAAAUUUGGGUCCAUUCUUCCUCAAGCUAUUUGCGAGUAUGACGCGAUCACUUCCCUUGAUGGCAAGAUGUACGUUGUCGGUGGAAGGAUCAAGAAAAAAAAUAACAAACUAAGUGAAGUAAAUAAUCUUUACUCCACUUGGUUACGGAUACCAAAACUCACAGACAUCUGCUGGGAAGCUGUUAAUUUUUAUUACAGAGAAUUAAAUACAAAAACAGAUGAAGAAUUGUUUGAACUCGGACUGCCUAUUAAAUUCGUAAAGUCUAGAUGCCAGUGAAUUUAUCAUUAUUUUAUAUAUCAAAAUUAGGGGUACACAAAUAGUUCGAACUUACGAAUUAUUCGUAUCGAAUCAAACUAUUUGAUUUAAACUCCGAAUCGAAUAAUUCAAAUUAUUUGUAAACUUACGAAUAAUUCAAAAGUUUGCAAAUAAUUUAUAUAUUUUAUUAUUAAUGGCUGGAAAUUAAAAUAUUUUUUCUCAUCAAAUUUUUAUCAGAGGUAAACUGACACAAAUCGACGACAAAAUUAUUUUUAGUUACUUUAGAAAACUAAACUCUAUUAAAUAAAAAUUGAAUACUUGAAAGCUGAUGAAAAUUUUCACGAUUCGAAUCGAGUAGUUUGAAAAGUUACAAAUAAUUCGAAAACUUUCAAAAAGUUAAAAAUUGACGGGUAAUUCAAAUUUUCCAUGAUUCGAUUUUAUCGAAUUAUUAGAUUCGAUGAUCCUGAAGUUAGCAGACGAUUAGCAAUUUUCUGAGGGAAAUAACAUUUAACAUGUGGAGAGAAUAAAAAAAACUAAUUGUAAUUAAAAUUAAAUUUAAAAUUUUUCGAAAAUAAUGAUUAAUUAUUGUAUGGGACCUGAGGCCAAUUAAUUGUGAAGUAGGGAAAGAAUAGAAACAAAUGAAUUGUAAUUUAAAUAUAAUUUAGAUUGGGUCGGAAUUAAUCAUUGAUUCUUGAAUGAGGCUUGAGGCCAAUUAAAAUUAAAGUCGGAACAGAAUAAAAAAAAAUGAUAGCAAUCAAAAUUUAAUUUUAAAUUUAUUGAAAGUAAUAUUUAAUUAUUGUAUAAAGACUGAGGCCAAUUAAAUUCAAAUUGUGGGCAGAAUAAAAAAAAUAAUUGUAAUUUGAAUAUAAUUUAAUACUUUAUGAAAGUAAUAAUUAAUUAUUGUGUGGCCUGAAGCCAAUUAAAUUUGAAGUGUGAGUGGAAUAAAAAAAAUUGAGAUUUUAAUUUAAUUCACAAUUUUUCGAAAAUCAUAAUUAAUUAUUGUAUGAGGCUUGAGGUGAAUUAAAUUUAAAGUGUGGAGAGAGAAAAAAAUUAAUUGUAAUUUAAAUAUAAUUAAAAUUAUUCCGGAAUUAAUAAUUAAUUAUUGUAUGAGGCUUGAGGCCAAUUAAAUUCAAAUUUUGGACAGAAUAAAAAAAAUAAUUAUAAUUUAAAUAUAAUUUAGAUUUUUUAGGAAUUAAUAAUUAAUUAUUGUAUGGAGUCUGAAGCCAAUAAAAUUUGAAGUGUGGACGGAAUAAAAAACAAACAAUUGCAAUUUAAAUUUAACUUAGAAUUUUCCGGAAAUAAUUAUUAAUUAUCGUAUGAGGCCUGAGGCCAAUUAAAUUUAAAAUGUAGAUGAAAUAAAAAAAAAUAAUUGUAAUUUAAAUAUAAUUUAAAACUUUUCGAAAGUAAUAAUUGAUUAUUGUGUGUGGCCUGAAACCAAUUAAAUUUAAAGUGGGUGGAAUAAAAAAAAUUGUGAUUUAAAUUUAAUUUACAAUUUUUCGAAAAUCAUAAUUAAUUAUUGGAUGAGGCCCGAGGCCAAUUAAAUUCAAAGUGUGGAAAGAAUAGAAGAAAAUUAGUUGUAAUUAAAAUUUAAUUUCAAAAUUGUCGGGAUUAUUAAGAAAUUAUUGUAUGCAUACAAUAAUUAAUUGUUAUUUCCGAAAAAUUCUAAAUUAAAUUUAAAUUACAAAUAUUUCUUUCAUUUCAUCCACAUUCUAAAUUUAAUUGGCCUCAAGCUGCAUACAAUAAUUAAUUAUGAUUUUCGAGAAAUUCUUAAUUUGUUAGAUAUGUAGAACAGUUUUUCUUGUCUAUUACAGAUUUUGACAGCACUUAUUAUUGAAUACUAAAAAUAAG